UGUUCAGACAUUAACGAAUGUGUUCAUGGGCUACACAAAUGCAGCUCUGAUGCGUUUUGCAACGAUACCAAAGGUUCAUACAAUUGCAUAUGCAAUCAUGGAUUCACGGGAAAUGGACGGGAAUGCAAAGGUAGGUGUUGGAUCUCUUAACAAUUAUGUGAUAAAAAAAAACUACAUUUGCAAAUCAUGCACAAAGGAGUGGUAACUUAGAUCUCGAUCCUCUCAGCAAGAAAAUUUAUAGUGAAAAUGAACGCCGGUAGAGAUAUAUAUGGACGAGACCACAUUGAAAAAUGUUAUUCUUGAUUACCAAAGUGUUUUUGCAUCAAUUUGUAUCAAUGUAAUCCUCACUGUUUAGUUUCACUCACCCUUUGUUUGACAGACUGUCUUAUGGCUACAGAAACCUAUGUAAUAUGUUCUCAAGAAUAAAUAUUAAUGCUGUCCAAAUCAAAUACGAAUAUCAAGUAAUGCUGCUGACCUUUUAAAUCUUUUAUAUAUUUUCGUCAAUUAUUGGUCGGCUUUAUAUCUAUAGACAUCGAUGAGUGUGUCGAAGGGUCACACUCUUGCAGCCCUGAUGCCUAUUGCAACAAUACCAAAGGGUCUUACAACUGUACAUGUAAACCUGGAUUCACUGGGAGUGGAAGAGACUGCGCGGGUGAGCGUUACUGUUGAGAAUAUUGAGCAAAUGAGGUGGAUUUUUAAUUUGGAACUUUCUGAUAAAACAAAAACUACUUUUACCAUAUUGAGAACAGUAAGUAAAGGAGGCCUACCCAAUUUUUGUUGGUUGUUGGUGCUUCUAUACAUAUAUAUAUAUAUAUUUUUUUUUUGUAAAUGUAAAGGUAGGUAAGCCUACAUUUGCAAAUCAUCCACAAAGGGGUGGUAACUUAGAUCUCGAUCCUCUCAGCAAGAAAAUGUAUAGUGAAACUGAAAGCGGGUAGAGAUAUAUAUGGACGAAACCGCAUUGAAAAAUGUUAUUCUUGAUCACCUAAGUGUUUUUGCAUCAACUGGUAUCAAUGUACUCCUCACUGUUUAGUUUCACUCACCCUUUGUUGGACAGACUGUCGAAUGGCUACAGAAACCAAUUGAAGUUUUCAACAACUAACAUUAAUGCUGUCCAAAUCAAAUACGAAUAUCAAGUAAUGCUGCUGACCUUUUAAAUCUUUUAUAUAUUUUCGUCAAUUGUUUGUCGGCUUUAUAUCUAUAGACAUCGAUGAGUGUGUCGAAGGGUUACACUCUUGCAGCCCUGAUGCCUAUUGCCACAAUACCAAAGGGUCUUACAGCUGUACAUGUAAACCUGGAUUCACUGGCAGUAGAAGAGAAUGCGAGGAGGCGGAUUUUCUAAUUCAUUGUUGUUUUUACAGUUGUUGGUGCUUCUAUAUAUAUUUAUAUAUAUAUUUUUUUUUUUAACGAUUAUUUGUUUUUAGUUAUUUGUGUUUUUUUUUUGUUCAGACAUCAACGAAUGUGCUCGUGGGCUAUACAAAUGCAGCCCUGAUGCAUUUUGCAACAAUACUAAAGGUUCAUACAAUUGCUUAUGCAAACAUGGAUUCACGGGAAAUGGAAGGGAAUGUAAAGGUAGGCGUUGGAUCUCUUAGCGAUUAUGUGAUAAAAAAUAAAGCCUACAUUUGCAAAUCAUCCACAAAGGGGUGGUAACUUAAAUCUCGAUCCUCUCAGCAAGAAAAUGUAGAAUACAUGAUACAUUUUAAAGGAGAUCUACCCAAUUAUUGUUGGUUUUACAGUUGUUGGUGCUUCCAAAUAUAUAUAUGUAUAUAUAUUUUGGUACGAUGAUUUUGCUUUUUAUUUAUUUUUUUUAUAAUGUAUUUGCUCAGACGUCAACGAAUGUGUUUUUGAACUAAAUAAAUGCAGCUCUGAUGCGUUUUGCAACAAUACUAAAGGUUCAUACAAUUGCUCGUGCAAACAUGGAUUCACAGGAAAUGGACGGGAAUGUAAAGGUAGGCGUUAGAUCUCUUAGCAAUUAUGGGAUAAAAAUAAAGCCUACAUUUGCAAAUCAUCCACAAAGGGGCGGUAACUUAGAUCUCGAUCCUCUCAGCAAGAAAAUGUAUAGUGAAACUGAACGCGGGCAGAGAUAUAUGGACGAAACCGCAUUGAAAAAUGUUAUUCUUGAUCACCUAAGUGUUUUUGCAUCAGUUUGUAUCAAUGUACUCCUUGAUCACCUAAGUGUUUUUGCAUCAACUGGUAUCAAUGUACUCCUCACUGUUUAGUUUCACUCACCCUUUGUUGGACAGACUGUUGUAUGGCUACAGAAACCUAUUUGAUGUUCUCAAUAACUAAUAUUAAUGCUGUCCAAAUCAGAUACGAAUAUUAAGUAGUGCUGCUGACUUUUUAAAUCUUUUAUACAUUUCCGUCAAUUUCUUGUCGGCUCUAUGUCUAUAGACAUCGAUGAGUGUGUCGGAGGGUCACACUCUUGCAGCCCUGAUGCCUAUUGCCACAAUACCAAAGGGUCUUACAGCUGUACAUGUAAACCUGGAUUCACUGGCAGUGGAAGAGAAUGCGAGGGUGAGCAUUACUUUGAGAAUGUUGAGCAAAGGAGGCGGAUUUUCUAAUUUGAUAUAUACUUUCUGACAAAACAAAACUACGUUUAUCAUAUCAAGAACAGUACGUAAAGGAGACCUAACAAUCCAUUGUUGUUUUUACAGUUGUUGGUGCUUCUAUAUAUAUAUUUUUUCUUAACGAUAAUUUGUUUUUAGUUAUUUGUGUAUUUUUUUGUUCAGACAUCAACGAAUGUGUUAGUGGGCUAUACAAAUGCAGCUCUGAUGCAUUUUGCAACAAUACCAAAGGGUCUUACAACUGUACAUGUAAACCUGGAUUCACUGGAAAUGGACAAGAAUGUAAAGGUAAACGUUGGGGUCGGAAUGUAGAGGAAAAUCAGCUGGCGAAAAGUCUAAGUAAGAAUUUUGAUACACUGGCAAUAGCACUGCUCUUCUUCUGAGCCUUGCAACCCUUAUAACUUUCUAAGUCUCUCUUCCGUGGACUGCUUUAAAACGUUUGCAAACUCAGAUUUUUUAAAAAUCCUUGCAAUGAGAAAAUGGCUGAACUCGGUUUUCGCAUAAAAUCACGAUUCAUGAAACCUUGUGUCUGUGUCUGCGCGAUCUCCCUCAUUCUUUGGCUUCAGAAGACAACUCAGAUCUCGGUUUUAAUAUUUCUAGAUAUCAUACUCAACCUCAUCAAGUAAAUUGCUUAUUAGCUUAAAACUUUUCUUCGACUUUGAAGAAAACAUACAUGCUGCCAAGUAAAGUGAAUGAAAACUGAGAAACUUUUCCAACCAAAAAACAGAGCUUGGAACAUGAAAAAGUUUCCCAAUGAUGGAUUAAGAUGUGGUUUAAAAAAAUUCAAUCUCUUCUAAUCAAAGAUAUUUUUAAACUUCUUGCAGGAGCUUCCUCGUGUAAAAGAAUUCAUGACAUGCAAGUAGAAUUGAUUUUCGAUAUUAUUUUCAUAGUAUAUCAAAUAUCGCACUUGCCCGCAUAUAGUUUAAGCCCAUCACGGCACCGAAUAUACCCCAAUUUUCAAACCACAUUCCAUAUUCCAUACCUGUUUGAUUCAAGGACACAUAACCGAGCAUUGUUAUUAUAAAGGCUGGUGUUUAUAUUCCGCAGAUAUUGACGUCUGAAGGAUCAACUUUUCAUUUUCUUAUUUGUUGAAUCGUUAUUAUUAUCACUCAGUAUCUUUCCCAUUGUUAUUUUCAUUGUCACCGUUGUAGCUAUGACGAUUAUUUUUAAAAGCUCAAGUUUUAUUUCACCACCGUUAUCUUCAUUAUUAGAUGUGUUUCUUUUUUUCCUUUUCAUUCAAAAGAUCCAAUGUGAGUGGUGUGGUUACCCUUCUUGUUGACUCCCAACCAUUGUCCGUUUUCUGUCACAUGGGAAAUUUUGGAUGUGGAGAUGGAGGAUGGACACCAGUUAUGAAGAUUGACGGCAGAAAGGUGCAUACUUUUAUUAAAUAAUUCAUCUCGUGUAUAAACCCGCUCUCUUUCAAAACUUUGCAAGUUAAAAAACGUGCCUGUUCCACAUGUGUGCCUUUUGUUUUUUAAUCGAGAAGGUAAUGCACGAAGAACAGACGUUGUUCAACGUAAAUUUCAAAACUUGUGUGUAGUGACUGAAAAAGAAUGUCUUAAUUAUCUUAACAUAUUUGUCUCUGGUAUCAUGUAGCAGCUAGAUGAAAAAUAUACACCAUCGGGAUCAUAAUUCAGUUAAAAGCAGAUACACUACAGGACGUCGACAGUAGAAAACCCAUCAAUUCGGAGAAAAAAAUUUAAAAAAUUAAAUGCUUCUCUAUUUCAGACCACCUUCCGUUACCAUGCAGGUUAUUGGAGUAAUUACGAUGAAAAAAAAUUAAUGCAUCAUUAAAUAUCCAUUUAACAAAGUGCGGUUAUUUUAUAGUUAUAAUUAGUGAUCCUGACUAGAAUCUUAUCUUGAUCAGAUCGACUAAACAACAGCUUUCUUUUGAAGCAACAGAUAACUUAAAGGUCAAAUUGCUUAUUAUUGUAAUUACUGAUAUUAUUUACAAAACGAGAACAAAUGAGCUCUUAUCCUUUUACAGAAAACCUUCCGUUUUGAAAAAUCUUACUGGACUGAUAAAAACGAGUACAACCCUUCAGGAGGAGAGACUGGGUUUGACGAACAAGAAUCAAAGCUACCCACCUACUGGAACACAUCCUUCUCCAAGAUCUGUCUUGGAAUGAAGAUCAACCAACAGCUCAGAUUUAUUGUUGUCAACAGGCUGGCUGACUCUCUGCACUCAAUAAUUGCUGAUGGCCAAUACCGAAACACGUCGCUGGGUCGUGACGAGUGGAAAAAGUUGAUUGGCAGCGACGCCUCUUUACAGCACAACUGUAACAAGGAAGGAUUCAAUGCCUUUAGUGAUCGAACUGAUCGUUCUAAAGUCAGAAUUGGUAUUGUUAGCAAUGAGGAGAACCACUGCAACUCGUGCAACUCUUUGAUUGGAUUUGGUACGGGAAGUCACCCUAAUGACGCAAAAUCUUGUGGAAACGAGGCAAAAAGAGAUUCAGAUAAUGGACACAAGAGUAUCAAAGCCAUAGGGUACAUAUUGGUGCAAUAA